GCCCACGUGACCUUCACAGCCCAUGCGUGGUGCGAAAUCUAAACCGCGGCCUUCUGGCAGCCGCGCCUUUGCCUUGGCACCGUGACCGACUCCGGCUUCGCGUCGCAACCCGCGGCCCCGUCAGCUCGAGUUGUGGGGAGACCCCUCGCUCAUGCCCGCAGACCCGCACGAUGUCCAACUCGCUGCGCCAUGAAGUGAUACAGCUCUACAAACAGCUACUGCACCUGGGGCGCGAGUACCCCAAGGGUGCCGCCUACUUCCGCGACCGCCUCAAGCGCUCGUUCCAGCGCAACGCGGACGAGCGCGACCCGGAGAAGAUCCGCGCGCUGCUGGAGCGUGGCCGCUACGUGGGGCGCGAGCUCGAGGCGCUCUACCACGUGCGCAAGUACCGCGCCCUCAAGCGCCGAUACUACUACGACGACACCAGAGUCGGCGGCGUCGGCGGCGGCGGCGGCGCCGGCGGUACCGGGGGCCAUGGCACCAGCGAUCAGGACUGACGGCGCUCGCCCGAUGGGUGGUCGCCGGUGGUGUUCGGCGGGAGGGGAUCGGGGUUCGGUGGUUCGGCAGAAGCGUUUGGAGUUGCGUGGGUUUGAUUCCCGGCGAUCGUUCGGGAUUAGGUGGCAGAGACAAUGUUGUGGACGCGGUGACUUGACGGGGACGCUGUACGCACCUGAUCCUUGUCGGACAUUCACCACUCGCCUGACCCUCGCCACGCACCAGUUAUAAAAGUCACGUGACCCUCGCCAGCCACCAGUUCAUACAAUAGUGGGACGUCCAUUGAAAUUUAAUCGAUAAGCAGCGCCACGGCCAGUAACCGCAGUUUUUGGGUAAGAGGUCAGAUAUUUGUGUAAUUCUCACCUUGUUUCCUUAAACUGCAUAAACAUAUCACGAGAUUUUUGAUGCCACCUUCACGUUAUAGGUGGAGCGGUGUAUGAUGGCAUAUUCCGACAAACAUAUGUACAUGUAAAUAGUGCGCAUGUAUGUUGAACUUCUUUUGCGCCGUACGUAGCCAACCGUGUUAAACGGAGGUGCGGGGUAAGGACAACAAACUAAACAGACAAAAAGUGACUUUUAUUAAAAUAUACUCUUGUGCCCAGGACACGUGAAUUGAAUCGCACAGAUAGUGGACUUUUUGUCUGAUGCAUAUGACAGUAUCUUGAGACGCGAUUGCAUUUUACUUGAUAAGCCCACCGUGUGAAUGGUGUGUGAAACCCUUGUAGCCACGGUGGAUUCUCUUUACGAAUUGGCAAAAAUUUGUUAUUUGACGGGUGUCCCUGGAAAAAUUUGAUGAUCCAUUUGCGUAUAAGAUCAUUUAAGCGAGCUACAUUGGAAAACUGCUAUCGACUUUUGAUAGUGUAUAUUGUAUACUCUCCCCACAGAUGGACUUAAUCACUUUUUUCCAUUGACUUAAUCACCUCUCAACUGAAGCCAACUACUUACUGGACAAUGAGAUGGUAUGGGUUCUGGAGUUGUUCCCGGGAAAUCCGAUCAAUUAAUUGAAUCGCGGGAGGGAGUGAAUCGUCCCAGUUGUGCCAGCAACUUGCUCAACUUGAGACUCCAGAUUAAUCGCGUGUUCGCUGACACCAACAUUUUAACUGCAGAUCUCAGCAGCGCCACCUCAAUGCUUGACAGUGUUAUCCUCCUAUGCAGCCUGACCAUUUCUCCAAAUGCGUUGCGUCUUUCGAGUUGCACCAUAAAAGCCUCUCUUCUCCGGGAGGGUUACCUUCUUGAAAACGCUCGUGCAUGCAGAAUUCGCGAAUGCAAAAACCCGGUUCCAGUAGGGAAAGAAUGGGGUUGCGUUCCUGGGACUAGUGAAAAUAGCGGGUAAACGGCAAGUGUUUAAGAACAAUUACGACAAUACGUAAUAUGUUUUGAAGAGCAAUGUUUUUUUUUUAUUUCCUUUGAUGAUCUAACAAUGGGUUUACGGUAUUUACAUUGCUAGUUAUAUUCCAGUUGGUGCCAUGAUGUUGGAGUUGUGUCAUGAGAUGUAACACAGUAUCUCAAGAGGGAUUUUUCACCGACAACAGAGGGGUAGUCACGUGGUGUCUGGGGAGACACCGCGCUAGAAUAAAACCUCUUAAAGCCAGACUAAAUUGUGUGGAGAGCUUUUACAGUUAUGAGGCAUGUCUAACAUACUGUAAUUGAGGACAGUCGACUCGACUUGGCGUGCUAAAUGACGGGGAGGAUGGCAGUGGAUAAUUAAAAAUCGCGGAUAAUCCACAAUUAUCCAUCGAUGGAUGCGCGUGCUCAGUAAUGAUAACACUUCCCUGCUCCCACGCAGAAGACUCGGCCCGCUAAGUGGAUGAUAGCAGAACCACGCCAAUCAACAUCAAUCAAACUCCGCCCCCACUGUUGUAAAGAUGUGCAACUACUGUACUGUAGAGGCGAUCACGUUUGAUUAACCGGGAGCAACUUGUUUGUUCGGUUUAAGCACGUGACUUGCAAUACACAUUUUCAAGAAUAACAAUGUAUCACCGUUUUUAUAUUAAUUUGGGCUUAAGGGAAAAUCCAUGAGUUGUUAAUUUAUGUGAAAAUCUCAGGUGCGCGGUUAAUCUGCAAAUCGGAUAAACCACACGCAGAUUAUCAAGAGUAUUGUCAUUGCUAAAUCACUGCAUUUCGGAAUGCUGCCAUGGUAGUUGAAACGAAGGCACAAGUUUCUCGAAUUCCAUCGGCUCUUCACCCUGCAGUAUAAAUGGCUACACCACUGUUCGUCGAUAUAACUGGCUACACCACUGUUAGUCGAUUGGCAGGUCGCAACGUGGUGGCGUUAAAGCGGGGAUACUCCCAUCUCUUCCAAGACUCACGCCCAGCGUAGAAGAGUAAGCCAAACUACCCUACCGAACCCAGAGCGGAGUGCCUCUAUUGUCACCGCUAGGUGAGAAUCUCUGCCGAGACUCCCGGUGGGGAGAGUGUGUCUUGUUGAGUCGUGUGUCCGUGACGUCGCAUGCUUCUUAAAUACAAAAUUGUAUACAAAUGAAUCAAA